AUGACUGAACCCCCUAAAACCCCAAGACAGGUCGAUCACGACGCGGCCGCCAAGACGGACGAGGACAAGGCCAUCCUCCGGGAACUGCAGCGAGAGCUCGGGCGCCUGGAUCCCGACAUGUCCAUGGAGGACACCGCAUGGCUCGAGUCCCAAGCCGGGCCCGCCGAGCUCGCCCGGGUCCUAGACGGCGAACAGGAGUUCCGUUCUUUGUCCAAGGAGGAGCAGAAUGCGAUCAUACGAUCCGGCGACGGGUGUCUCAACACGCUACUUGGAGAGGCUGCCGCCGGCACACCCCCGGUCGCCGGUGGUCGGGCCGCGGACCUGGUCGGCUCAGCGGACCAUGCAUGA